AUGACUCCACUGAUACGCUCCUUGUAUUCACGCUCCUGGCGACCACAUUCGCUGCGGUUGAUAUGGGUGCCUCGUCUUGUGCGUGCACGCUGCCUGGCCACGACUUCUACGACAGACGACUCCACGACUGUGUCUCCCACGGCAGAUGAUUCCAAACCCUACUAUGUCACCACUCCCAUCUUCUACGUCAAUGCCGCCCCUCAUGCCGGUCACCUAUAUACAAUGGUCCUCGCCGAUGUUCUGAAGAGAUGGCAGGUGCUAAAGGGAAAGAAGGCUGUCCUGUUGACCGGUACCGACGAGCACGGCAUGAAGAUCCAGCAAGCCUCAGCAAAAGCCGGAAGUGACCCGAAACCCUUCUGUGAUAAGGGUGCCGACAUCUUUAAGAAUCUGGCUGCGAGAGCCGAACUCAGCAACGAACACUUUAUCCGGACCACCGACCCUUCACACAAAGAAGCUGUCGAGUACGCCUGGCAUCUGUUGAAUGAGAGGGGCUACAUCUAUCAAUCCAAGCACGAAGGCUGGUACUCGGUCAGCGAUGAGACUUUCUAUCCCGAAUCUCAAGUCCAUCUCGUGUUGGACCCACCUACCGGAAGGAAGGUCAUGGCCUCCAUCGAGACUGGAAAGGAAGUCGAAUGGACAUCCGAGAUCAACUACCAUUUCAAACUCUCCGCCUUCCGUGACAAGCUUCUGAGAUACUAUGCCGAGAACCCAGAAUGGAUCAGCCCCGAGGCCAAGAUGAAAGAGGUUGUGUCUGCUGUUACUGCUGGUCUCGAGGACCUGUCCAUUUCACGCCCGUCCACAAGGCUGACAUGGGGCAUCCGUGUGCCUACUGAUCCCACGCAGACCAUCUAUGUCUGGUUGGAUGCUUUGAUCAACUAUGUUACGGCGGCUGGCUAUCCUUGGGCUCCAGGUUCGGAACACGCUGGCGGCUGGCCCGCUGAUGUGCAGAUCAUUGGCAAAGACAUUCUCCGUUUCCACUGCAUCUACUGGCCUGCCUUCCUCAUGGCUCUUGAUCUUCCUCUACCAAAGCGUUUCCUCACGCACGCUCAUUGGACGCUGGGCAAGCANAAAAUGGCUAAGAGUACUGGAAAUGUUGUGAACCCCUUCUUUGCCCUCGAUCGCUUUGGCACCGACACAAUGCGCUAUUACAUGAUCCACGAUGGUGGCAUCGACAAUGACGCAGACUACGACAACAUUUACAUUAUUGAGCGUUACAAGAAGGGUCUUCAAGGAGGUCUGGGAAACCUGGUUUCCAGAAUCACACGCGGAAAAGGUUGGGACGUCAGACGUGCUGUCAGAAGAUUUGCCGGCGACAAAUACGCUUCACGCGCUCGGCAACAUCACGAUAGUGAACCCAAGUUUGUCGAUUUCGAAUCGUCACUCAAGAAACUGCCAGAACUUGUCAACAAGCGCAUGGAAGCUCUGCGACCCAAUCUUGCCCUCAAGGAUCUGAUGAACCACAUCUACAUGACAAACGCCUUCUUGCAAUCACACGCUCCGUGGGAUAUCGCUGCUAGGCUUAAGAAAGGAGAGCCGACCCCUGANGCAGAUUCCUCAGGUUUCGAAAAAAUCGAGACCGCUUGGAAGAUUGAGGCCGAGCGUAGAAUGGACUAUAUCAUCUUCUUGAGCACGGAGACAUUGCGUCUCGCUGGGAUUAUGCUGCAGCCGGUCAUGCCUGCAAAGGCUAAGCAGUUGCUUGAUAUGCUUGGUGUAGCAGAUGAUAGAAGAAGCUUUGCAGAUGCGCAGUUGGGUGCAGAUGAGGAUUAUGGCGAGUCUCGAGUGCCGGUAGGCAAAGGACAAGCCGGCGUACUGUUUGCACCUCUACUGAGCGAUUCGUAG